AUGAAGACCUCAUUUGCCGCCCUUGCUCUCGCUCUCUCCGGCUCUGCCGUGGGUGCCCCGGUCUCUAACGGUACUCACAUUGCAUCCAACUCAUCUUCUGUGUCGAAUCCUGUUCAUCUGUCGACCAAGUUCGCUGCCUCCAGCACUGCCACUCCAUCUUCUGGAUCCAGCCCUUUGACCUCGGCGCCUAUCCCUAGCGGCAGUGCGGUAAAGCGCGGAGAGGCCAUCUCCAUCCCGACGGACCUCCCGUCACUGGCUUCUGAUGCCCAGUCAGUGGCUGCAUCCCUCGCUUCUCUCGGUGCUGGCGCCCAGAAGCGUGGUGAGUCUUUGUCGAUUCCCACCGAUCUUCCGUCUCUACUAGAAGAUGCCCAGUCCAUCGGUAGCGCUAUUGCCUCUGCUGGUGCCCAGAAGCGUGGCGAGUCACUUUCCAUCCCUACCGAUCUCCCCUCAUUGGUUUCCGAUGCCCAGUCGGCCGCAGCUGCGCUUGCCUCCGCUGGAGCCCAGAAGCGUGGCGAGUCUCUGUCGAUUCCCACCGACCUUCCAUCUCUGCUGGCUGAUGCUGAGUCUAUCGGAAGUGCUAUUGCCUCUGCGGGUGCCCAGAAACGCGCCGCCGAGACUCUUCCUCUCCUGAACCCCGCUGGUACUCCUACUCCUACCGCUUCCUUUGGAACUGGCUUCCCUAAGCCUUCCAGCAGUCUUUUCGCUUCCUCCUCUGUGUCUGCUUUCUCUUCUGGUGUUGCUUCUCCUUCUGGCUCUGCUUCUUCCUCCGGUCUUACAUCGUAA